AUGAAACCCUCCCAAGCUUUUAUCAACCUUCGUCCUCGACUUCGACUUCGCUUCUUGUCCGUCACUUUCUUCCUUGCCUUGUUCAUCUUCUGCAGCCCUACCACCGCGCGUGCAGCACCCUCUGUCCACGAGACUCGCAACAACAAUCCUCUAAACAUCAACAGGGAUCUCACACCGUCGUCACCCGAAGACGGACCCCCAGCAGCAUCUGCCGGUGCCCUCAGGGACCCCUCUUACCUUCCUUAUCAGAUCGGCGCCAUCGUCGGCUCGUACGGAGUUUCCUUGGUGCUGGUUGCCGCUUUGUUACUCAUACUGUCCAAGAGACGCCGCGAAGCCCUAGCGGCCGGCGACGAAGAGGUCGACUUCGAAGAGCCAAAGCCCCAUCCCCCAAAGCUCACGCUAGAGGUGCCGAAUUCCCCCCGGAGCAUCCCGCGGAGCCCCGUUCGCAACUUUUCGUAUCCCGGCGCGGACGAAUACCAGACGCCGGAGUACCCGACUCCCCAGACACCUUACAUCAACCCAACGCCCACUUCGACACUUCACGCGCCCGGAGUAGACUUUGCCGUCGACCAGACUGUGGUCGCAAAAGACAGGAAGAUGGCGCAGACGCAACUCGAGGAGAUGUACAAGUACGUGAUGGAGCAGGAGGAGGCCAAGGCGGCGGGCAUCAAGCUGGAAGGCUCGCCGGUGCUCCCCAACAGCCAAUCACAGCUGCCCACGCCGACAAACGCCGGCUUCAGCAAGUCAACGCUCAGGAAGGAGAAGCACAAGCCGGGGAACCUGACCCUCGGCGAGGAAAAGGGCGAGAAGAAGCAGUCGAGGGCGUCGUCCAUCUUCGCUGCGCUGCGCUCGCCCAAGAAGCAAAAGGAGGUGCGGGGCAUCAGCAUCUCAUCGCCCAUCAUGACGCCCAUGACGGGCACGUUCCCGCGCCAGGAGUCUCAGGAGCUGAGCGCCAUCCCGCCGCGGCAGUACGCGCCGCCGCCGCCGCCGCCAGCUGUGCCGGGCAGCACGUCGGCGUACGGGGGCGCGCAGCAGCACCACGGCCAGAUGUCCCCCGUCAGCCCGGAGCACUCGCCCGAGAGCACGCAGAGCAUCGACGAGCGGAUCGGCGGGCAGAUACCCUCCGGUCACGCCCGGAACCACUCGGCGGCCCUGUCCGAGAUGGAGCACCACUCGGCCGUAUCGGAGAGGUCCACUGCCCCGCUCAUCGGACUGCCGCAGUCCCCGAAGCCGGGCGCACGGUUCUCCCACACGCUCCCCGCGUCCCCGAAGCCCGGGUCGUCGUUCCAGAUCCCCCCGGCUCCGAGUGCCGCGGGUGGAUUCCGGUCCAAGGCCCCCUCGGCCGUCCGCACCGGAGGCAACCUGCCGCUGCGCGCGUACGAGCCCGCGAUGAGCUCGCCCUCGCUAGUGCCGCAAACCACCAAGCAGACCGUCUUCACUCGCGCGGGCCCGCUAUCGCCGUCCGGGGCGCGGACACCAGCAACUGGGAUGGCGGUGCCGUACUCGCCCUACCAGCCCUUCACGCCUUGCGUGCCUAUGACGCCGACACUAGUUACCAAGGCCGACCGGAAGAGGAUGAAGAAGCUGGAGCCCAAAACGCCGACGUUGGAGAUGGUCCGGAGUGAGAACGACAUCUGGUAA